AUGCUGCUCUUUGGUGUAAAUUGCAAUCGAUUAGGGAUCGUUUCUCAGACUCAUGUUAGAAGCGAGAGUUCAGAAGGAGAGAAUGGAUUUAUCAGGAGUGAAAAGAAGAGCUUGCUAGGAGUCAAAGAGAAUAAUAUAAAGUCCAGCACUAGGGUUCCUUCUCCUACCAAACGAAAGGACCGCUCUGAUGAGAAGUCCAAGGAUCGAUCUAAAGAUAAACGGGCCACUAAAGAGUCCAGUGAGAAGGAUCGUGGCAGAGAUAAGACUCGGAAGAGAUGCAGUGCUUCAAGCGGAAGCAGCAGCACCAGGUCUAGGUGCAGCUCAACCUCCAGCUCGGGCUCCAGCACGAGCACAAGCUGGAGCAGUGGCUCUAGCUCGUUCUCUGCAUCCAGCCGCUCAGGAAGCCAGCACAUCCGAAGCUCCAGUUCUGGCUCCCCAAGCCCUUCUCGGCGCAGACAUGAUAACAGGCGGAGUUCCCACUCCAAAUCCAAACCACCUAAAAGAGAUGAAAAAGAGAGGAAAAGGCGGAGCCCUUCACCUAAACCCACCAAAGUGCACAUUGAGAGGCUCACCAGGAAUGUGACCAAGGAUCAUAUCAUGGAAAUAUUCUCUACUUACGGGAAAAUUAAAAUGAUUGACAUGCCUGUAGAAAGGAUACUACCUCAUCUAUCCAAAGGCUAUGUGUAUGUGGAAUUUGAGAAUCCAGAUGAAGCAGAGAAGACACUGAAACACAUGAAUGGAGGGCAAAUUGAUGGCCAAGAGAUCACUGCUACUGCUGUGUUGGCACCUUGGCCUCGUCCACUGCCUCAGCAAUUCAGCCCACCCAGGAGAAUGCUUCCACUACCUCCCAUGUGGCGUAGGUCACCACCACGGAUGAGGAGAAGGUCUCGAUCUGCAAGACGCAGGUCCCCUGUGAGAAGGGGGUCUCAAUCCCCCAGACGCCACCGCCACAGGAGCCGAUCCAUCUCCAACUCCUCCCGAUGUCCGCAGGGACAUCGAUUCGUACCUCUGUAA